UCUGUUGGAUUGACUUUUUUUUCUGGUCUUUUAAUAUUCUAGUUGAUUUGGUUUCCUUUUUUGAUUGUUGGGUUAUUUUUCUUUGAAAUUAUUGUAGUAAUUGUUUUAUUUUUUUUCUAUUUUGUGAUUGAUUCGCGUUGAAGAUGCCACCAUCUAAUUCUAACAGGGAAUCAGCUCCUGAUUUUAGUGAUCGAGCUCGUGCAACAUUUGCUUACCAGAAACUCUAUUCCAACCGAAGUGGGAUUAAUGCAGUUUUCCUUGGUCCUCCUGGUUCUGGUAAAGGAACUCAGGCUCAACAUGUUAAAUCAACUUAUGGUGUUUGUCAAUUAGCUACUGGUGAUAUGCUUAGAGCGGAGGUUUCAUCUGGUUCAGAUUUGGGUAAAUAUGUUAAAAAUAUAAUGGAUUCUGGUAAAUUGGUUGAUGAUGAGCUGGUAGUUAAACUGAUUGAUUCCAAUCUGGAUAAACCUGAAUGUGGGAAUGGAUUUCUUCUAGAUGGAUUUCCACGGACUGUUGUUCAAGCUGAGAAGUUGGAUAAUUUACUAGAGAAAAGAAAUACUCAGCUUGAUUCAGUUAUUGAAUUUAAGGUUAAUGAAGAUUUACUUGUUCGCCGUAUUUGUGGUCGUCUUAUUCAUCCUUCCAGUGGUAGAACUUAUCAUGAAGAAUUUUAUCCUCCAAAAAAAGACAUGAUUGAUGAUGUAACUGGUGAACCUUUGAUCCGUCGGUCUGACGAUAACCCGGAGGCAUUGAGAAAAAGACUACAAACCUAUGAUGAUCUUACCAAACCGUUAGUUUCUUAUUAUAUCAAGAGAGGAAUCCACUCUUCAGUUGAUGCUGAUCUUAAACCGGAUCAAGUUUUCAACCAAAUUAAAUCUGCCUUCGAAAAAUCCAAGAUGAAAGAUCAAGUAAUUUUCAUCUAAACAACAAUUGAUUAAUCUCCCAUUGGAAUCCAACACAAAUAAAGCUCCUUAAACUUUCCUGUUGAUAAUUUUGAUUGUUCAUCUGAAAAUCAUUCAAUUGAAUUUUCACCUUAAUCCAGUGCAAGGAAUUAAACAAACGGCCGUUGCCAUGAUGAUGAGAAUGAGGAUAAUUAUGGCAAUUAAAUUCCUCUCUCUCUCUCUCUCUCUCUCUCUCUUUCUAAAUUUCUUUACUUCGUUUAUGUUAAUAUUUUAAGUACAAAUUUAAUGCAAUUAAAUGUUGUCUACCUGUUGAUUUAAAAAUUAACCAGCUAAUCAACCAAUUCAACAACAAAAGGGACUCAACUAAUUAUUCAUGUUAAAACAAUUAAACAAAAUGAAAGCAUCAUAAUCCAUGAUUAAUUAAGCAAUAGAUUGGUUUACCUUUUAAUCAUGUCAGUUAUCUUGAAUUAAUUAAAAUCCAAUAGUUAAUAAAUUGUACACACAAUCAAUUGUUUUGGUAUAAUAUUUUAAUCAAUCAAAUAAAACAAAAAUUGUCUUCAAAA